UGAAUAAUCAAAACCAAGGAACCUUCCCUAAUCAAUCGUCUCAAACUUCAACAGCGUCGCGGGAGCUCUGCGAAACCCUAACUGGCACAGAUCAGGAGAAACCAAGUUCAAACUAGCACGACCAUGGAUUCUGUAGCUCGUAGGAGUGGAGGAGGCCUCUUUGAAGGGCUGUAUAGAGUAAUUAUGCGCCGGAAUUCCGUUUAUGUGACCUUCAUCAUCGCUGGCGCUUUCCUUGGAGAGAGGGCGGUGGAUUAUGGAGUUCACAAGCUCUGGGAAUACAACAAUGUUGGGAAACGGUACGAGGACAUUUCGGUUUUGGGGCAAAGACCAUCAGAAGAAUGAUAGUCUCCUUGAUGAUUUGGUUAUGGCCAUUUUAUUGUCAUAAACAACCAUGAUUUAUUUUUUUGAAAUAAGUUUUACAUGUCGGAUUUUGCCCACCUUAUAUCUUGACUCUUGAGCAUGGUGGUCUUUCAAUGCCGGUUCAUGUUGUUCAUGUUCAUGUUCAUAUAUGAAAUUACCAAUCAAAUGUUCCUGUUCUAUCAGGCUAUAUUACUUGCCAGAAUCGAGUCUUCCACUUGCUGGGUCUAUUUCUUCUAUUGUCAUAAACAUCAUAGAGAUGAACGAUUUAAUGCAGUAUGUUUGGGUUUCUGGUUCA